AUGUGUGUUGCAAACGAAUCUUCUCCUACCACACGACAUAAGCGCUCUGUUCUUGAAGCCAUGAUCAUCACGACAUUGCUUCAUGAACUUGCCCACACAUGGUUGCGCCAUAUCCUUGCCGACACUCUCACACCACAAGAAAUGAAAGUUUGGGAAACGCCCGAAAAUCACCCGUAUGACCCAAUCGGUGAAUCGGGACACCAGCUCGAAAGCUACUUGCUGCAGGGCACACUGUAUUGUUGUUGGGAUGAUGAUGACACAUUUCUUAUCGACCGAUUCCACCGUAUCAUCGACCUUUACUUUCAAACCAACGGUGCUGAGCACUUCUAUGCUAUCACGUGGUCCGGACUCGAAAGCUUCAGUCUGAACUUGCACUCUACACCGAUGACUACCUCCUUGACAGAGGUUAUGCAGACGUUGGGCGCAGCGAUCGACUCUUCAGAACAGUUGUCAAAGAGUGUUGCUCGCACUUCAGGACUGUCGCUCCAGCGCGUUGGCAACUAUGACCCUCAAUCACAACUCCAGUCGAUGCCCCUUGUGGACAUCAGUCCGUAUCCAGCAAUCCACGACCACCUUGCCUUCACUGGACCGACGCGUGGCUGUGGGAUGCGUGUAGAAGAUAGAGGGGAAUUGUGCUAG